UACGACGAAAGGUAGGGAGGGGGGCGGUGCGAAUCCGCAAGUUUUUUGGUCGUCUGCAACGCAACGACGAACGUAAUUACGUUGACCUACAGCCCUUUACUUGUUUGACAUGGGCUGUUUUGUUGUUCGACCAAACCUUUUACUUUUCGGACAGACUUUAGGUACAUGUAUGCCGUGAUAAUCCUUGGGAGUACAGCAGUCUGAAUAGUUGUGUCACCAAGCAGUGAGAAAACCAACGAAACGUCAAGAAGUCGUUUGGCACGUUCUCCUUUCAUCUUGGAGCGACAUUCAUCGAUCUGUCCGAGACAAAGGCUCGGUUGUGGAAGCGUCUAGAGGAGAUGUUGAAGUCUGUUUUUCUCCGUUGAGAAGAAGCGUAGCGUUAGGUGUGUGCAAACCUAUUCAAAAGGGGGUACUUGAGGGAGUCCACAAUUAUGUACAUAUCCGGUUACACGGGCACUGGGCUAAUUUUACAGUUCGAAGUACGGAGAAAAAUCGGAGGGAUGUUUCAAACAGGAGUCGUUUGAGGCGAGAAAGGCUACUUCAUUGAUUGACAUCACAACGGAUGGUUGGAUGAAGGUAUAAAUGUUACAACCUACUUCCAAGCAAAGCAGCUCUCAUGGUGAAGACACUGUUUGAGAAGACUUUUCCUGAGAGUGAAUGAAAAAGUUGGAGAUGCAAGCCAUUGUGCCAUUCCAGAGGGCCGGUGUUCUGUACGGGACAACAUACCGUAACACGGACACCACUGUUGCCAAACAGCUGCGCUGACGUGUGAAGCCAGUACCGAUUCAGAACCGUGGCCCUCCUGAAAAGGGACCCUGUCAGGCGGUGAAUGCUGUCUUUUGUCAUUGUGAUCCAUGGCAGAUGCAUCGGAUAAGCGGUCCUCGCGACGGAGCCUCAACACGUCCCAGACGACGACGCUUACAGACCUCCUAUCGUCGAACUCCAGACAUGGUUCCAGUCAUUCCAGAAAUUCAUCCUCGAUUCUGUUCCAGAGUAAGAUGUUUCAGUCCGCGUCUGCAGCCCUGGAUGCAUAUAUUUCAGACUACGAUAAAUCAAGUUCCGGUGGGAGCUACCUACAACAGUCUAGCUCUAGCACGUUGUCGCCGUUCCCUCAGAAGUUGACAGUUACAUCCACUGCAAGGAAAGAACAUGACCACCACAGAGGGGAGAGAAGCUUGUCGUCAAAGGCCCUCAUUGAUGCUUCUUAUGAAGAAAUGCGAAGAGCAGACUCGGAAAGAGAGAGAGCCCGGGCCUUGAUAGAGACGUCCAAAGUGCUACACGACGAGUCCAGCGGUCAGCUGUCGCCUCUGCCAGGCAGCUCCAUUGUUGCCGGCCACCUCCCCAGCGACAUAGACAGUCUGGCCACCGACGCUUUGAUCCUUGCUCCCUCCCACGUCACGUCCAAACAUUGGACUCCACACUCCUCCCUUGACAGGUACCCCACCAGGCUCAAUGCCUCCGCCAGCCUGGAUGACAUCUCCAGACCUCAAGGCGUCACGUUUGCAUCCUCCAGCAGCAGGAACGGCAGCUACGUACCACCAAAGACAGGUAGAUACCACACGAGCGGAUACUCCUCAGAGGACACAGACCUGUACCUUCAGUCCAGUAGAUCGGGUGGGGUGGGGAGGUACAGACAGAGCCACUCUGCUGAGGAGACAGAGCUGCUCACGAGUCGGUCUGCUCCGGAGGACUUCUCCAACCAGAAAUUCAGGAGGAGGUCUGGAUCGUUACCCCUCGAUCGCCCCAGAUAUCCCAGUUGGCUGAAAGACCUGGAUGUCUCGGGAGUUAGCAGUGUCACAAGGAAAAGUAGUGAAACAGGAGAACCCUCUUAUAGAAACGUACACAGACUUCAAUCCGGACCUAUUCCGUCGGGAAAGCCGAAGUAUCCAAGCUGGCUGAAGGACCUUAACGUAUCAGGAAUAAGUAGCGUAACAAGGGCCACAUCCGAGGCUGACGAUGCUUAUAGAUACGCCGCCGCAGAAAGACCAAGCUCUGCUUCUGUUGCACUGGACAGGCGGAAGGGAAAGUAUCCAGGCUGGCUGAAAGAAUUGGAUGUGUCGGGGAUAAGUAGUGUGACGAACGCCGCGAGAUCGGACUUGACAGACUUGCCACUGAACCCAGGAAUUUCUAGUGAGGAAAGCAGAAGUUAUCUCAGACAUUACCCAUCUGUUGAUGCGCUUCUGUCUGGGGAAAUGGACCGUAAACCCCAGGCACUGAGUAGGACAGACUUAGAAGAUGAUUCACUGUCAACUCCAAAGUCGAGAUCACAAAAUGCCGGCAAGCUGUUGUCAACUGUAGAAAAGAAUGGGAUAAAGAAAGAGUUGUCGAGACUUAAAAGGUUGAAGGGAGAUAUGGUAGCCACUAAUAGCAGGGAAGCAAGUAGAAAGGGGGAUAAGGACUUUAGGUUUUAUAAGGAGGAUAGGAGAUUGAAGGGUUCUCAGCAUCCAAAUGGAUGGGACAAUGGCAUGGCAAGCAGUGAAGGAACCUGGAACAGUGUUAAACCUGUCAUGAGUGACUCCGAAGUGUUCAAGAAGCCAAUGUUCAAUGGCAACAGCAGGGACCUAGACACCAGAAAGGCCUUGGGGAAAAGGAUAUCUCCCAAGAGACUGACCAGACCAAUGUCGUACAAGUUCAGAAGCGGGAGAGACAAAACAGUGUCGUUCAGACAAGAAAACAGUAAACCUUUAAAAGCAAGCUCGAAACACGUGUCGAGAAGUAACAGACAGAAAGGCAAGUACAUCUAUUGGUCGGACGGUUCAGACUCAAGCAGUACGAAUGAUCUGCUCCUUCAAUGGCCACGAGGAUCCAGUAGAACAAGCCCCUCCAGGGAUGAGGCAUUCUCCCUGGACACGGACGGGCUGUUGGUCCAACCUCCCGUACCACUGCUGAACCUGAGUCCAUCCACAUCAGGCAUCCACAGUGGGACGGCCAGCAGGAAAAACAGCACAAGCUCAAGUAGAAGUGCAGACUCCAAGGUGAAAGCUUUGUUGAGCAAGGCGGAAAGAGUGCUGAACAAGCCUCUGCCGAAACCAAAGCUCAGGCCAGCCAAUAUCAGAGGAGGCAGUCCGGACACAGAAGAGAUUCUGAGUGAAGAAAGACCAUGGGAAAGACACACCAACUUCAGAAAACCUCAGCCCAUCAACAAACAGAACAACACCAGAGACAGAAGACUAGGAGGAAACAAGAGGACGGGAAUCAUCGGUGACUUCCUCCAUGAUGUUAUGGAUGAGGACCACUCAGAAAGCAAGGAGGAGACCCUGACUGGAGGGGAACAGCCAGGUCCAGUGGAGGCCCUGAAGAACAUGCUGUUCUCUAUGCAGUCAGUUCAGGCUUCCACAGCCAGGCUGGCCAACAGGGUGGGGAGUGAUCACAGCGAAGACGAACAGACCUAUCUGGGGGAAGAUACAGACAUUCCCUCCCCCGUUGAGGGAAGCCCUGAGCAGUUCCGUACUGAACCUGGUGCACAGUCUUUAGGCAGGGCCCUGCACCAUCUAUCCAGGCUGAAGCUACUGGUCACCACCGAUGAAGAAGGCAGGGGAAACAGCUAAAGAUCAAUAAAACGGACACUAAGUCUUAGUGUCAAUCUGGACGGCCAUUCAAAAUCCAAAUGUUUCUUGUAUAUGUGCAAAAGAAGAUUGAAUUACAAACAUGUUUUCUUCUGUGACUGACUUUUGUGAAGAUACAUGUGUACACAUUGCCUUAUGCUACACUUGCCGAAGAACGAACAUGCUUCUAAAUUGCCCCCUAGUAGACUUUGAGUGCAUUGCAAUCUAGGUUUAGUAAUAUGCCAAAUACCAAUUAUUACUCACUAGCAGCUGGAUAUGAUUUGGGAAACUAUCAGGCAGAAUCCACUACCUUUCUUUAGUGACACUUUGUUGAAAAGCAUGUUUAUGUCCUAUAAAUUGAUAUGCAAAAGAGAUCCAGUUGGAGAAGUGCCUUAGUCCAGAAAACGUGUUAGAAGGUUCAGCCUGCUGUUUAUAGUGUUAUGUCAAGUUUUGUUUCACAUGCUGGAACAUUGUAAUUGGUAUGACACAUUUUAUGAAGAGGUUUUAUGACUUUUGUGAAUAUACCUGUACAUGCAUAUACAAAUGACUUUGUGUAGUUCUUUAUUUUAGCAAUGUACAUUAUAGCUUUUAAUAUUGUCCAACAUUCUUAGGCAGAAAUACAAUGUAUCUUGUUCAGAUGCAAUGUUGACCAAUUCCUGGCAAUCUAUCUCACCAUGCUAUCAUGGAAGCUUAUCUGUUAUGGAGGUAUUAAAUCAUCAUACAAGUGAUUGGUCUUUGGUGAUUGGAUCCCGAAGAAGGCGACAGUGGUCUUUGAAAGUUUGCUGGAAGAAAGUUUAGCAUUUACUAUCUUACCAUGCAUUAACUUUUAAGGUUAUUCUUUUUACGAAUGAAUUAUACUGUAGAUAUGACGAACAGCAUUUUGUUAGUCAUUGUAUAUAUAUAUACAACAGAUAUUGUAUAGUACAGCUUCCAGAAUAAAGGUGCACUAUAUACUCACUGAGAUGUUCAAAGUGUGUGUUUGAAUACUGAACAAGUGCAGUAACUGAUAGUACAAGACAUCUUUAUUCUCUAUACAAGGAAUAGAACAGACUGAUAUUUGUAUAGGAAAACGACGUACUAGUAUUCAAGAAUCAUCUAUCGAAAGAGUUGUAUCCUAACAAAAAAAGUCCAUCAGUAAUCACUAAAAUACUAGGAAUAUUUUGUUUUAAUUGGCUAAUCAUACACAUGUAGUUGAAUAUUGCAAAGAUGUUUAUAC